AUGUCCAGUGCCCAGGAGAAUAGCGUGGCUGAAGCCCACAAGAUCUUUUACGACCAAGGCUUCCAGAUCCGAACCGAAGUCGCUGGGCCCGAACAUGUCCAGCGUUCUCUUCAAAACAACUCUUCUGAUUUUGCUCGGCCGAUGCAAGACUUGGCCACGGAGGUGGGAUGGGGAAUGAUCUGGGCCCGGCCGGGACUUGAACGUAAGACCAGAAGCUUGUUAAAUAUCGCCAUGCUCUGUGCUUUGAACCGAAUGACUGAGCUAGCUGUGCACGUCAGAGGAGCGGUUCACAAUGGGGCGAGUGAAGUGGAGAUUCGAGAGGUUUUGAUGCAGGUUGCGAUCUAUUGUGGAAUGCCAGCGGGGCUAGAAGGGGUUCGAGUUGCUGAAGGAGUAUUGAAGACCAUGAGGGAACAAAAGGAGUCUUGA